AUGGACCAGCCAACAGUCGAAGUCUUCCACUACAAAGAUGAAGAGCAGUCCUCUCACCUGCUCCUGCAGCUGAACAGACUGAGACAGGAGAAAAUCCUGACUGAUGUGUUUCUGUGCUCAGAUAACACAGAGAUCCCAUGCCACCGUAAUGUCCUGGUCUCCAGCAGCCCUUACUUCAGAGCCAUGUUCUGCAACAACUUCAUGGAGAGACAGCAGACCAAGAUUGACUUAAAGGGCAUCACCUCAACCAUUCUCGGUAAUAUCAUUGACUAUGUUUACACUGGACUCGUUAUUAUCAGCAUGGAUAUUGUGCUGCCUCUGAUGCAGGCAGCAUCCAUGUUACAAUAUGGCCGGCUUUUUGAGGCCUGUUCAAGUUUCCUUCAGGAGCAGCUGAGCCCAGGUAACUGUUUGAGCAUGAUAAGACUCUCUGAGAUCAUGAAUUGUGACAGUUUGAGAGACAAGGCAAAGGAGAUGGCUAUGAUGAGCUUCUCUGAUGUGUCAGCAUCGGAGGACCUGUGUGAGCUCUCCUUACAAGAGCUCAUGGGAUACCUGGAGGAUGAUAGUCUUUGUGCAGAGGAGGAGCAGGUCUUUGAGACACUUGUUGCCUGGAUCCACCAUGAUCCUUUAUCUAGGCGUGGUGCCAUUAGCGACCUUUUCAAGAAAGUUCGCCUUCGUUACAUCCACCCCACCUACCUUUUCCAAUUCAUAGCCAACGACCCUCUGAUCCAGUCCUCCACCCUCUGCACAGAGCUCAUUGAAUCUGUGAGACGCCUCAUGUUUUCUGUUGACACAAAAUGCAUUGGAGACACCGUGGUGGACUUGAAAUCUCUCUGGGUGGCACCAAGGCGCUACACCUACCAUGAUAUGCUGGUGGUGGUGGGAGGAAGAAAGAACAAUGAGCAGACCUCGAGGGAGGCUCUAGUCUUUGAUGAGAAGAGCCAGAAGUGGCAGUGGCUUGCCAAGCUGCCCAUUCGUCUGUACAAGGCCUCUUAUGUUGCCCUUCACAGCAUCCUGUAUGUUAUCGGAGGCCUGACCACAAACACAAAGUACAGCCAAGUCAUUACGACUGUCUACACCCUCUCCCUCAAGACCAACCAGUGGCGAAUGGCAGAACCAAUGCUGGAGCCACGCUUUGCCCACCAGAGUGUCUCCUACCUCCACUUCAUCUUCGUCCUUGGUGGCCUUGGGCCUGACAGAUGGGUGACAGACAGCAUGGAGAGGUACAACAGUAUGUUCAACCAAUGGGAGUCUAUGGCACCCAUGCCUGAGGCUGUGCUGCACCCAGCAGUGGCUGCUACUAACCAGAGGAUCUACAUGUUUGGAGGAGAAGAUGCCAUGCAGAACCCUGUCAGAUUAAUACAAGUGUAUCACAUUGCCAGGAACAUGUGGUCUAAGAUGGAGAACAGAACAGUGAAGAAUGUGUCUGCUCCAGCAGCCAUUAUGGAUGACAAAAUCUACAUCAUUGGAGGAUACACCAGGAGAAUGAUCGCAUACGACACCAAGGCAAACCAAUUCAUCAAGUGUGCCAACCUGAAGGAGAGGAGGAUGCACCAUUCUGCAACUGUUGUCGAUGGCAAACUCUACGUCACAGGUGGACGUUACAUCAGUGGCAAUGACAUCAUCGAGGACUCGGACAAAUUCGAGUGUUAUGACCCAAAGACAGACACUUGGACAUCUAAGGGGACUCUGCCGUAUAAAGUGUUUGACCACGGCUCCCUGACUCUGACGUGUGUCUCACAGACAUGGGAAAAAUCAUAGCUGAGACAGAGAGGAUGGGAUUCAUUGUUAUGAUUUAUUUUUAUUCAGUGUUUCAUGUGUUUAGGGUGUAAUUCAAUUUUGAAUUAUAUUAAUUGGAAAACAAUAUAUUUAAAAAUAAAAGACAAUCAAAAGUUAAUCAAAAACUAUUUAUGCAAAAAAAAUUACUUGUUUAAAAAUGCCUGAUAGAUUAAAGCAAGAAUACCUCACCCUACUGCAGGGUCACUCUUUAACCUGUCUGAUUUCACAAAUGGUGAAGUAGUUAUUUUCAGCCUGCUCUAAAUCAUGAGAUUCCACUUGUCAUAUUUGAAUCCCAGGGCUGUGUACUGUUUGGUGCAAGUACGGUAAGGUUUGAACCGGCUGCUAUGUCUUGUGAACUUUUGGAUCAUUGUCUGUUGCUUCAAUGCAAAAUGAUGAUGGAAUUAUUGUGAUAACACUGUUGUCACUGAUGACAACAGUGAGAUGAAAAAAACCAAAAGCAUAGAAAUUUGUUAAAAAUGUAGCUAGCUCAUAUCAUAUGAUGGCAAUAAUGCACAGCAUAGUUGUGCAACAUCAUAUAUAUCUACUGUAUAUUGAAAUAAUAACUGGCUUUUCUAAUGACGCUGUGAUUAAAAGAAUAGCCUCAAUAAAUCAGUAUUUAGUAAAAGUCAAAUUUACCUUUUUAAAUUGUGUUUUUUGAUAUUUUUGU